AGAACAGAGGCCAGCAUUUAGUCACUGCAUGAAAGCUCUACAUAUCACUCAGUUGCUCAAGUCCACCCCAACUCGUGGACUUUGUGGAUAUUUCUGCGCUUUUUUUAACGGACCCGUGGACUAGUUCUGCUUUUUUUCCGCACUUGUAGAAACUGUGCGUCGUGACCGCAGGAUACUUUUACGCACAGUUAUUUUACGCUCAGCAAAAGGACAAUGCCUCGAUCUUUCCUAGUCAAAAAGUACUUCGCUAAACAAAAGCCAAACUACAGUGAACUGGAAUGUCAGAAUGACACUUCCCUGGAGAGGUAUCCUCUGGCUGAGCUCUCAUCAGCAGACAACACUUCCACCUGCUUCACCACAGGUCUGGUUUGGGACCUGAGCGUCCUUCCUGCCCUCUACCUGCCCACCUCCCAAACAGAGCCCUCGGCCACCCCGGGACCCCUGGACCUCAGCUCCCCCUCCAGCCUCAGCAGCAACGCCAGCAGCAGCGGAGAGGAGGACGAAGGUCGCACCUCAGACCCCCCGAGCCCUGAACCCGUGCACACAUACGCCCCUCGUCAGCGGAUGAAAUGCACCGGCGUCAUGGCUCACGUCAGCCCCCCGGAAGAAGAAGAGGAAAGAGAGACCCCCGUCACAGCGGCCCGGCCAGCUUUCCUCUGCAAACACUGCCCCAAAGAGUACACCAGCCUGGGGGCUCUGAAGAUGCACAUCCGCUCACACACUCUGCCCUGUGUUUGCACCACCUGUGGAAAGGCUUUCUCCAGGCCGUGGCUGCUGCGUGGCCACAUCCGCACACACACAGGUGAGCGUCCGUUCUCCUGCCCCCACUGCAACCGGGCCUUCGCCGAUCGCUCCAACCUGCGGGCUCAUCUGCAGACACAUGCAGAAGUGAAGAAGUACCAGUGUGGCGUUUGCUCUCGCACCUUCAGCCGCAUGUCACUGCUGCAGAAACACAGCUCCUCGGGCUGCUGCUCCACCUCAGUGUGAGACGCCACCGGAGGAACAGAGCUCAGAGCAGCGGAGGGCUUGUGGCCACGGAGGAAAGGUCUGCACAAGUCCAACUGGCCUGUUGAGGACCCGCAAGGCCACAAAGAGCAUGACACGGCCUGCUUUAAGAGAUCUGGAGGGAAUCAAAUCUCAUUAUGGAUCUGACUUUACAAGCCUCUUAGCUUCUAUGCUCCAUUUAAAAACCAGCUGAGAGGCAGAUUUUUUUUCUUCCAAUCUAGUCCGAGGUCUUGAGGCUGGACCAAAUCUGAACUGAACAAUGCAAACACCCACUUGAUAUCAGCCCCUUUUGUUGCUAUUGUGCCCAUUCCAAACACCAAAUAUGUAGUGAACUCGUUAGAGUAUGAGGUGUUCUUUCCUGUCUCUGUCCUGGUGCUGGUCAGCUCAGGAUCAUGGCCUAGACACAGCUGCUCAGAGGUAGGGGUGCGUGGGUGGAAUAAAUCUCUUAGCGUGCCUCCAAACACACACACUCGCACACACAAAAGCAAAUGCACACACAGCUGUCCCUGGUACUGUGGUGUAGAUAGACGAGGUGCUAACAGGUGCUACAGCCAUGACCUUCGCUGGUUGAUAGCAGGUGACUUCCACUGCCCUUGGUUUGCUUAAGAAGAAAGAGGAAGCAUGUCAUCACAAAAGAAUGGCACCAGUUAGUGUGUUUUCACCAGUGGGGAUCAUUUUAAGCCUCUAUUUUGACUACAUCCGAACCUUUCCUUUAAUCUGAUGAGUUUCAGAGAUAAGAAAAGUCGUUCUGUCUGUUAUUUACCAAAGAAGUUUCACUCCACGGAUGACAAUGCAAGCCAUGCACUCAAGGUUACCACAGUGUUAAUAAUACCAGCCAAAGCCAUAUAAUGUAAAUGAAAUUGUGCCUUGAAAUUGUAUUACUUUAAAACCAAAAUGUGCCUUUUUUUUUUUUUACCUCAUUUAAUAGUCGUGGCUUUAAAAGUAACUGAUUGCAGUAUUAGUAGAAAUUAGUUCUAUAUGGUUUUGAAAUGUAAGAAGGCUGGGACCAAAGAUUUUUAUAGUUUACACCAUGGAGACAUGGUUGCCGAAUAUGUGAUGAGAACCCUGAAAAUGGACAGUACAAAGAUGAAUUUUUAACUUUCCUAAACAUUUUAUGGCUGUGUUUUCUAGUGCAAUGUGCAGAUGAUGUGUUAUUUCAUGUUUUGUACCAUUCUUGUGUGUUCACUCCUAUUUCCUGUAUGUUGUAACUGAAACCUUUUCAUUCAAUAAAGUAAUUUAUGUUUAUUAAAA